AUGCCAUAUGUGAAAGUAUGGACUCAUACAGGAAGUCAAAAAACUCAAUAUACAAAUGGAGACCGUUCAAACUUUUGGCUUGGCAUUCCAUUUGCUGACUCAGAAGACUUUAUGGGUGGUAUUUCAACUGUUGGUACUGUACAAAUACAAUAUACUGGUGACAGAGACGGUCCAGAUGAAUUGAAAGCAAAGAAGUUUACAAAACCAAUAGCACUUUUCACGGAAGAUGCUCUUUUGAAGAUUCGUUCGAUGAAACCUGCUGGGGCUCCUCAGAUUGGCAUAACGACAGCUUCCAUCGAGCAGAUUUUGGCAGCAGGUCAGUAA